ACGUCAUCGGUCGUGCUGAUAGCAGGAUACUCGUCAGGAGAUUCUGUAGCUAGCUAGCUAGCAGGCUAUUCAGCGGUGCGUCUCUUCUCUGCUCUCCGGAGAUGAUGGGUGGUAAAACCAGCUCCAUGGCAGCUGGGGUGGCCGGAGCCAUGUUCAUUGGAUACUGCAUUUAUUUCGACAGAAAACGACGGAGUGAUCCGAACUUCAAGAAAAGGUUGCAAGAACGCAGAAGAAAACAGAAGUCUUCCCAAGAGAAGACUGGAUUAGCAAAGCUGCCUGACCUGAAGGAUGCGGAGGCUGUACAGAAGUUCUUCCUGGAGGAAAUCCAACUGGGAGAGGAGCUGCUAGCACAAGGAGACUAUGAGAAGGGAGUGGACCACUUGAUCAGUGCCAUAGCAGUGUGUGGUCAGCCCCAGCAGCUGCUCCAGGUGCUACAGCAGACUCUGCCUCCUCCAGUGUUCCAGAUGCUGCUCACCAAACUGCCCACCAUCAGCCAGAGAAUUGUGAGUGCUCAGCGUUUGGCAGAAGAUGACGUUGAGUGAAUGAGUUGGUGAGAGUGAGAGAGUGUGUAACUGCGUGUGUGGCUGUGUAUGACUGUACUGUCUGGCUGUAUGUACAGUGCAUUCAGAAAGUAUUCAAACCCUUUGAUUCUUUUUCACAUUUUGUUACAUUAUAGCCUUAU